AUGGAUCAAAUGGAAAUCCCCUUUCCAGCACAUCGCGAGCGCCAGGAAGGCUCUCCUCCUCCCUUUCAAGAUCCUCUGGCUCUUCUUCGCAGUCUUCCUGAGCCUCCGCUGGAAUGUCAAGUAUGUGUUGUUGGCGCAGGACCUGCCGGUCUAAUGCUGGCCGCAAACCUGACCAGAUUCGGCAUCAACGUUGAGGUAAUCGAUGAUCGAGCCGAUCAGACGCCCGUGGGAAGAGCCGAUGGCCUUCAGCCAAAGACGAUCGAAACCUUCCGACAAAUGCGACUAUCAGAUACUUUGCUAAAACAAGGUGUUCGUGUCUUCGAUAUCGCAUUCUGGCGCAGCACCGCGGACGAACCUCUUCGUCGGCUUGGUCGCGAAGUCCAUUAUCCGCCUAUUAUCGAUGUUCUCGACCCCUAUAUUCUUCUAGUCCAUCAAGGCAUGGUCGAAGGGCUGUUUCUUGAGGAUAUGAAAAAGCGUGGCAAGGAGGUUCGUCGAAACAUGGCUUUUGAGUCGUACAGCGUCCCCGACAACAAGACUGGUCCCCUUCAAGUCAACUGCCGUGCCAAUGUCAAUCAAGACAAGCGUUCGGUUCUGACUCAAUACCUGAUUGGAUGUGAUGGCGCACACUCCAAGGUUCGCAAGAGUAUCCCCGAUGUCAAGGCUGUCGGCAUGUCUCAGGCUGCCAUUUGGGGCGUUCUCGACGGCGAACUGAUUACCGACUUCCCCGAUAUUUGGUCCAAGACGCUCGUCUACUCACAAGAGCACGGUUCAAUUCUCAUCAUUCCUCGAGAGAGGAAUAUGACUCGUUUCUAUAUUGAGCUGAAGGCCGGUGCCAAAUUUGAUCGCCGCGAUCUGGGUCAGGAGUUCAUGAUGAAGCGCGCGAAGAAGAUUAUGGCACCGUUCCGCUUGGACUGGAAGUACGUUGAGUGGUUCGGCCGGUAUCAGGUUGGUCAGAGGGUUGCUAGUCGCUUCACCGAUGGCCACUUGAGAGCAUUCCUGGCUGGUGAUGCUAGCCACACCCACUCUCCCAAGUCAGCACAGGGUAUGAACACCUCAAUGCACGACUCAUGGAAUUUGUCGUGGAAGUUGAACCUUGCGGUUCGAGGCUUGGCCAAGCCAAAUCUUCUCGAGAGUUACGAGGAAGAACGACGCAAGAUUGCCCUAGACUUGGUUAACUUUGACUACGAGCAUGCGAACCAAAUUGCCGGUGGCGACGCUAUUGCACUCGCUGAGAACUUCAGAACCAACGUUCGUUUCAUUUCUGGAAUUGGUGCUGAAUAUGGUGAGAACGCCAUCAACAGGCCAGGAAUUGGAAAUAACCAUUUUGUAAUGGGAGACGCCAAGCCAGGUUGCCUUCUGCCUCCCGCCAAAGUGACUCGAUACAUCGACUCCAACCCUGUGGAUAUCCAGCUUGACAUCCCUAUGCUCGGCCAGUUCCGAAUCUACCUUCUUAUGUGGGAUGUUCAACAGUCAGCACCGUUUCUGCAGACAUUCUGCCAUGCUAUUGCAGGUACAGACUCCUUUAUUAGCCGUCUAUCUGCUGCUGCUAGCGCUUCUUAUGCUUCUCAACCUCGCGCACCAGCUCCUGAGGAUGUUUAUUCCCGACCUGAGCGAUACACCGUUGUCAGCCACCUCUUCACUUUUGGCCUUAUCACCACCAUGCCCAAGACGGAAAUCGAAAUCUCAGAUCUUCCACCUCUUCUGCAGGAUAGCCGUUGGACCUUCUACCUCGACGAUAUUCCCGAUCAGGACACCCGUGGCUCCUUGUGCACGAAUAAAUGGCUUGGUAGCCUGGGGCCUGGCGAAGUAGCGAUCGUUAACGUUCGUCCCGAUGGUUAUGUCGGCUCGAUAGGUCGCUGGGACUCAAGCCUUGAUGAGUCUGGUGUUCAGGCAGCCCGAUGGCUCGAUGAAUAUUACGACGGAUUCAUGAAAAUUCCAACGCAGUAA